AACGUGGAAAGUUCAACAGACACAAUUACACGUGGCAUAAUAAAGGGACUACUCCAGAACCAAUCAAUGGAUUUUCCAGGGACUAAUGUGGAUGGCUCAACAGAAGCAAUUGCACGUGGCAUCAUAAAGGGGCAACUCAAGACACAAUCAAUGGAUUUCCCAGAUACUGAUACAGAAUACUUACCAGGUAUGCUGGGAAGAAAUAUAAUAAAAGGAGAAGUCAAGACACAAUCAAAGAGUCACUCUGGGAUUAGUAUGGAACGCUCAAAAAUUGCAGUAGCUGGUGGCAUAACAAAGGGACAACUCAAGACACAAUCAAUGGAUCUCCCAAAUACUGAUAUUGAACACUUACUGGGCCCUUUUGGAAGAGGUUUAAUAAAGGGGGAAGUCAAAAUACAAUCAAAGACUCAUGCUGGGUCUAAUACAAAACACUCAACAGAUGCAGUUACCCAUGGCAUAAUAAAAGGUCAAAUCAAAACACAAUCAAAGGAUUUCCCAGAGGUUGAUACAGAACAAAUACUGGAUGCUAUUGGAAGAACUAUAAUAAAGGGGAAAGUCAAGACACAAUCCAAGAGUCAUGCUGAGACUUAUCUAGAACACUUGACAGAUACCAUUGGAAGAGAAAAAAUAAUUUCUGAAAUCAAGGAACAACUUAGGAGUUAUGCUGAUGUGAAUUUAUUUAAAAACAGAGAUAUGGCCAAACAACAUCAAGACAAUUUUUUUACCAUUAUACCUAGUAAAUUAUCAACAAACAUCAUGAAUUUUUCACCCUUUCGCAAUCAAGGUAUGGAUUUAUUUAAAAACAAAAAUAUGCUCUCAUACCAUCAAGAUAUCUCUACCAGGCGUAUUACACCAAGUAAAUUUCCAACAAAAGUGAUCAAUUUAUCACCCUUUGACAGUCAAGGCAGAACUUCUGAAGGCUUUCCAUCCCAUGUGACUGAACCUUCAAAAGCCCUUCAGAGAAGAUCUAGGGCUCAGUCAAGCAUUUAUAAAACCAUCAAUUUUCCUUUACUGUAUAGAAAAUCUUCAGGGAAUCCAAAAAAUGCAGUCUUAAACAAAAAACAGGUAGAAAUGACAAAUACUUUGCCUGCUGUGAAAUCUAAAGCAAGAAAAUCUAUUUAUAAAGUGCCACAUAUGACUGCUGGAAAACCUUCAACCUACCCUUACUCUUCAGAAUUAAAACCAUUCUGGGCAAGCUAAGCAACAUAUGCAAAUCAGUGGAGACAGCAAUGACAAGUGCAAGUGUGGAAGCCUUACGAAAAUAACCCUAA